ACGAGGACGGAGAUGAAGGAUGGAACUCAAGCUAUGGUGAAUGAUAAUGGUCACUUUGGGGAAGUCUCAAGCUCUAGGUUCUCGCAACUGCUUGCUUCCAAAGAUCGUGAUUUUCUUCUUUCUCCGACAGGGGCUCAGGUUCUCUAUCUCUUUCUCACCAUUCUUUCCCCACCUCUCUCUCUAGUUUUUGUCAGGGUCAAUCUGAGCGUCCAUCGGGUAAUAGCAUGCUCCUACAGUUGUUCUACUUCUAUCAUUUAGUUCAAGUUUUUUUCUGAGAUGGUGGUGGUGGCUGGUGAAAGUUUCAGAUCUUGAAGGGAAAGUAGUGGGUCUCUUAUUCGCUGCCAACUGGUACACACCAUGCCGUGGAUUCACCCAAAUGCUAGUUGGUAUCUACGAGGAGCUGAAAAGCAGUGUCCCUCAAUUUGAGGUUGUCUAUGUUUCAUCUGAUGAGGACUUGGAUGCAUUUAAUAGCUUCUAUGGAAACAUGCCGUGGCUUGCAAUUCCGUUUUCUGAUUUGGAAACAAAGAAAGCCUUGAACAAAAUGUAUGACGUGGAAGGUAUUCCAUGCUUGAUUAUGUUGCAACCUGACGACAGUAAAGAGGACGCAACACUUUUUGAAGGGGUUGAACUUAUUUAUCGCUAUGGAAUCCAAGCUUAUCCGUUUAGCAAGGUGAGGUUGGAGCAGCUGCAAGAGGAAGAGAGAGAGAAGCGUGAAAACCAGACACUCACUAACUUACUAGCUAACCGCCAAAGAGACUAUGUUUUGAGUAACGCGGAACUCAAACAGGUACCUGUUGCUUCUUUACUGGGCAAAACUAUUGGACUCUACUUCUCAGCGGAAUGGGGCGUACCAUGCGCGAACUUCACUCCCAAACUGAUUUCCGUUUAUCAGAAGAUCAAGCAGGAGCUAGCUCAAAAAGGAGAGGAAGACUUUGAAAUUGUUCUGGUUUCCAGCGACCGUGACCAAGCAUCUUUUGACUCCUACUACAGUACCAUGCCUUGGUUAGCAUUGCCUUUUGGAGACCCAGAGAUCAAGAAACUUGCUAGGCACUUUCAUGUGCAAGGGAUUCCUUGCUUGGUAAUUAUAGGCCCUGAUGGUAAAACAAUAACCCCACACGGAAGGUAUUUAAUAAACUUGUAUCAAGAAAAUGCAUACCCUUUCACUGAUGCCAAGGUGGAACUGCUGGAGAAACAACUUGAAGAAGAGGCUAAGGACCUUCCAACAUUGGUGUAUCAUGAGGGGCAUCGCCACGACCUGAAUUUGGUGUCAGAUGGUAAUGGAGGAGGGCCCUUCAUAUGCUGUGUCUGUGAGGAACAAGGGUCCAACUGGGCCUACCAAUGUCUCCAAUGUGGCUAUGAAGUGCACCCAAGGUGCGUCACAACUGUGGAUCGUGAAAAUGUCUUGGCGGGCAGGUGACACCCCCUCACUGCUUAUAUUAUAAAACUGCUUAUAGGAAUUUAAUUGAAUUUCAUUUGGCCAAGAGGGCGAAACCUUGACUUGUAUAUCCUAAUCAAGACCAGGGAUUGGAAUUCCCUCUAGAAUUAAUUAGGUUACAUAUCUUGUUGGGUGGCUUUUCUAGUUGUUGCUAAUAUAUGACUACAAGAAAAGAAGAGUGACAAAUGGAAAGGAGAUGAAGAACUUACUUGUGAGCUCCAAUAUUAUAAUGGGUGGAAAUUUGAUAAAACCAAUUAAAGAACGCGAUUUGAAUGUAGAAUUGAUCAUAAUUGAUUUUCUGUCGAUAAAUAGCCUUUCGUU